GAUUUCAAACGGUAAAAUGACAACAAAUGAGGAGACACAGCUCAGGGCGUUCACCGAUGGAGUCUCGCGUGAACGGGCAUAUUAAAUCGUGUGCUACUCGCACACCGCUGGGCAUAAUCGGUAUCUACCUACGCCGAAGUUUACACAGGUCCUUCAAAACUGUGGUUUGAUGCACCGCGACGAAAAGCUGAUGGAUUCGGCGACGCACGCCGUGCUUCGUUGUGCGGCGGCAACAUGGUACAUCCGAGACUAAAGUAACUAGUGUUCGGGUAUUGGCGGGCUCUAAAAAGAUUGUUGUCACUUGUUCUUUUUUGGAGACGCAUGCACCACUUAGACGGAACCUUCUGCUGCAUGAACAGUGCUGUUUCAGUUCACAGUCAACUCGAGUCUUUUUGUUGCACCAACCAGACUUGCACUAUCAAGAGUUCAUCAUGUGCGACGCGGAUAACUGCUGCUGUGGAGUUCCUCCACCAAGAAAUAGCCACGACUCUGUUAUGCUGCUUGCUGGAGGCAUAAUCAAUUUGGUCUUUCCCCUUGGGAUUGGCACUCUCAUUGCUGGCUGCGGAAUGAACAGCGGGCAUCUUCUCUGGACAGGCGUAUUUCAGUUGAUUUGUUCUCUGCUUAUUUUCGGAACAAUCUGGAGCUUCAUAUAUGGAAUCCUGAUGGUUGUGGUAUCCACUCAAGCUCCUAAGGAAGCGACAUCGCAGCAGGUAGCCGCAGUAGAAGUAUCCGCGCCAAUUUCAGCGGCACAUGCUGUGCACCCUCCUCCAGCCCCUCCUCUCGCUCCUUGAUCCAUCGCGAACCGGCGCACGCUGCGCCUGGAAAUGCUUCAUUUUCGUUAUGAGAAGCAGCAACAUGAUGCUCUAUUUUGACGACGUUGGUUUUCUGUUACCGUGUGCUGCCCGGCUGUAGAGAGAUUCGUCCAUGUGUUGAAGAGAGGUUUAUUGAGACCUCCGCUGAAGGAGGAUAGGCACUCUCUCGGAUUCUGUAUCCAUAAAGGUGCCUCGGCUCUGCUGGAGAUCCAGGCAAGUUCAUCGUUGUUUCGCUCCCUCUUCUAUUUCCAGGGGCUUGAGCACGACUCGCUUGCAAAACAAGCCUAUUCCUCGUAGCCGUGCUGCUGAGUGCAUGUGAUGCUGCCAUGAACUCUCGGGGGACACAUAAGAGAUGUGAUGCUAUGUUUAAAGCUGUUUCUCAAUCGUUUCUCGUGUCGCUAUUUGGUGCCACGUAGUGCGCAAACCCUGUCCUUUUGGACUUGGUUAGAAACACCCCCCGGCGACGUGUGCACUGGCUUGGCCGCGCCACGGCAGAACCACUUUAAUUGCCAAUGAAAGGCAAAGCAAAAGGUGGAAUGGCAUUCCUUUUCUUCCGUAGCAUGUAUUUUUGACCCGGGUGCCAUCGGAUAACGCCAAAUAUGAAUGUGCUUCAGGUCGUGAGCUGAGCCAAUCGGAAUGUUUUGUCACUUAGGUUUCACGUUUUUCUACGCAGGAUACAUGACAAGACUACGCGUGAGCAAGUUUCCAGGUUGAAAUUGAUCACGUAGGCUGGGCAAGCACGAUCUGAUGUAGGUGUACUUAUGUGCGGUGUACUCAGGCGUAGACUCAUUUAUGCCGAGUGCUGUGGAAACCAGGAAAACAAUAGAACAUGGACCUUUUAAAGAACGAUAUCC